CUGGCUCGGGCCCCCAGGCUGGCGCGCGGGCCCAGCCACGGAGGCCUGGCCAUCCGCCAGGCUGCGGCAGCCCGCCGGGCCGUUCGACGGGCUUUGGCCCUGCCGCUCACUGCAUCCUGCGGGCGCGAUGAUGGAGGCGACCGCGGACUCGGACGACUCCCCGUCGCGCGGCGCGGGCGCGGGCGCGGGCGCGGGUGCGGGCGCCGACGGGCCCGCCCCGGCGGCUGACGCCGCUGUGGGCCCUGAAGGCCGGGUACUGCAUCGGCACCGGGGCUAACGCCUGCCUCUGGAAGUACAUGGCCCACGGUGGUCGCGCCGAACUCCCAGAUGGGGCUCAUCCUGUGCCUCAACCCCGCCCUGCGGUUCCUGGCGCAGCAGGUGUGGGCGACUCUCUGCGACUGGCUGGGCUCUUACAAGGAGGUCGUGACCACUUCUACGCUCACGGGUCUGGUGUUGGCCAACUGCCUGAUGAUCCCUGCAGUCAAGGGCUCCUUCCCAUUUAUCCUCGCGGCUUCGCUGUCGGCGGGCAUGUUCAUGGCCGCCUGGGGCUCCGUGACGGACUCCAUGACGAUCCAGGUGCUGAAGGAGUACGAGGAGGCCCACAAGGCCACGCUGGCCGCCGGCGACGGUGACACCCGCGGGGUCCGUCUGCCCUCUUUCGGCCAGCAGCGGCUGUGGGGCGCUCUCGGCUGGGGGGUGGCCAGCCUGGCGGGCGGGGCGGUCAUGGACGCCUUCGGGGUGUCCACCAUGUUCAUGUCCGCGGAUGUGCUGCUGCUCCUCAUGUUCGUGAUCGUCCUGACUCAGUUCCCCUCGAAGAAGGGCUCGCGGGCCCGGGCCGGCCGUAUCGAGUGGGGGGCCCUCGCCAGGUUCGAGGUGGUCUGGUUCCUGGCCAACCUGGUUGUCUACGGCCUGCACAUGUCGCUGGUCGAGAGCUUCCUGUUCGUUUUCCUGCUGCGUGAGUUCAAGGGCGCCACCAGCCUUCUGUGCGGCGCCACGAUCGCGGUGAUGUGUUUAUUUGAGAUGCCCGUAUUUUUCUUCUUCGACCGGCUGUUGUCACGUUUUCAGCUGACGACGUUGCUGUCCUUCUGCCACCUGGUCUUCGCUGUCAGGUGCCUCGCCUACGCGAUCCUGCCGCGAGACCAACCCUGGGCUGUCCUGGUGGUGGAGCCCCUGCACGGCCUCACGUUCGCACUGAUGUGGUCGUGCGCAGUGGAGUACGGAAAGAGGUUUCUGUGACGAGCCCGGGGGGAAGUGAGAAAGAGAAGGCCUUCUCAGAGGCUCGGAAGUCCCCCGGCCUUCUGAGACGUUUUCUAAGUCUUCCCCGCAGACACAGAACACUUCCCAGAAGGCGCGAGUGCUUACGAGAAGUUCCGACGCCUUCUGAGAAGGCCUUCUCCUUCUCACCUCGCCCCUCGCUCGCCGCCGAAGGUUGGCGCCACCGGGGGCCGAGGCACGUAUGCAGGCGGCCAUGAACGGACUCUACUUCCUCAUGUCGUUGGGCUGCGGCUCCCUGCUCUGGGGCCAUGCCACUGAGCCAGCUCCUCGAGGCCUCGGGUUCACGACCUGCUUCAAGCUCGCCGCGUGCACCAUGCUCACCUGGGCGUGCGUGUGGGCUCUGGGCUGGCAGUUGCUCGGCUGCCGGCGUGCGCGCCUGGCACGCCAGCAGGCGCGCCUGGCAUUGCUGGAGCCAGGCGCGCCGGGCACCAGCUUCACCUCGGGCACCAGCAUGGCGCAGGUGCGGUGAGGCUUUCGGCCGAGGCGCUCGGGCUGCUGCGCGUCGCCGCAGCGGGAGCCAGGUGGCGGCAUGCGGCGGCAUGCUGCGGCCCAUGGAGAGGACUCGAGCUCGCGCAGCAGUGACCCAGAGCUGCUUUCCUGCAGAUGAGCCCAGUCAAGCCAGCGCCACCGACAGGUCGAAGCCCAUCCGGCUGGGGAGAGUGGUUUUGGUUGUGGCGGCCACGCCCCCGCCUGCCUGCUUGCCAAGCAACGGUGCAUGCUAGCCGGCCUGCCACGCAGAGACCCUGCGCCGUUGAUGAUGGUAACGGUCAUCAUCGUCGUCAAGAGCAGCCCAAGACGGCCUAACAGCCGAGGGUGGGAAAAC